AUGAUUGUGGCGGUUAUUCAGGAUGAUGUGUUACAAACUGGCUCUGGUAGUGAAUCACAAAAGCGUAUUAUCGAUGAGGUGAAAUUGGCAUGCAAACGUGCAAGGGCUCAGUUGCAUGUCGUACCAUUCGAGGGUGUUGCCCUAGGGAAGGCAGAUAACCUCGAUCCUGUGUAUAAUUCGGACGUUCUCAUACUUGAUCUUAGUGUGAAAACCCAACAAGGGGUGCUGUUAUAUCAUUUGGGUGUUCGAGAGAACAUGAAACUUUUGGAUAACAUCGUACUCAUAGAUUUUGUUUCCAGCAAGUCCAUUGAAGAAAUCACACGUUUUCUCGGACAAGAUACUAAGGUGAUUCCGUACGCGCUAACCAAAGCCGGAACGUUAGUGAGCUUGGACGUGUCAGUCGUUCAGAGCGAUCUCUGGGAAGAUGCCAACCUCAGAGAUAAAUUGUACAUGCAUCAAUGUCUACUAUGUGAUGAAAUAUUUUCCGUCCUCUGUGAAACGAGGAGCAGUAAUCGCGCACCGAUGAAGGAGAAAUUUUUGGCCGAUUUACGAAGUGAUCGUGAGAGAUACAAAGGAAGCGAACUUCAAAAGCGCCUACGAAUUAUGCGUCGUCGAUUAGAUGACUCGGAAUUGCUGUCACCGGACAUAUUGCUCAAUAUGCUUUUAUCAUAUCGUGAAUGCGAGGACUUCUCUGCCAUGGUCAAACUCAUUGAUGAUGUUCGCGCACUAAAAAUUCAACCCGAUGUAAUGGAGUCCAGCAUGUUCACCUAUCUGUACGCCUACGCUUUAAACGGUCGCAAAGAAGAGGGCGAUCGUGAAAAGUCUUUGCAGGUGAUAACAGAGCUUUUGGAAACAUGCAAGCAGCCCUCGGCGGACAUGUUCGGUCUUCUGGGUCGUAUUCACAAGGAUCGCUUUUUAGAGUCGAAUUGCGAAGACCAGCAGGCAUUGAACGCGGCUGUCGAAAGCUACCGACGGGGUUUCGAAUCCGAUCCGAACGAGUACUUGGGUGUGAAUCUUGCCACCUUACUCGUUUGCAAGGGAUUGGAGUUGAACUCUAGUCCCGAGCUACGCGACAUAUGUAACAUGCUCAAUCGUCAGAUUGGCCGAAAAGGUGAUAUUACAAAAUUAACAGAUUAUUGGGAUCUGGCUACAUUGUUUGAAAUUCGCGUUUUAUCAGAGAAUUAUACAGGUGCCGUUGUUGUCCUGGAACGCAUGUUCAACAUGGAUCCCCCUGCCUGGCAGCUCCAUUCCACUAUGCGUAACAUCAGGCUUAUAUGUCAGUUUCGCAAACCACCUCCGGCCAACACACGGCAGUAUCAAUCGCGUAAGCUGUUCGAUUUUUGGAUGGAGUUUCUGUCUUCUGUUGACUCUUCUGAAACUCCUGACGGCGUUGGAAAGCUCAAAAAGGUCACCCCAACUUAUUCUAACAACCGCGACCCCAGUGACUAUCGUACCGAGUUCCCCGUUCUGGCGAUGGCCACUAACACCGAUCGAUGGGAGCCCGCUUUCUUAUCUGUGAAUAUUGAACAAGAACCGAAGUACUUGCGUAUGUGCUUUUUUGAUCGAACUGGUCUGGAUUUGGCUCAACCAAGCCCAACAGCGAGCCCUGGCGAGGAAAGUCUGCGAAUCAUAGGAUCAGGUAUCCCUAUAGACGACGAUCAGGUGUUCCAUGUGGCGGAUAUUAAAGGAAUCUGCUUGGCUAAUCGUUACCCAAGGCAUGCCUACUUGUUCACCACUUUCUUCUCAAGAGACUACUCUUUGAAGUUUUCCUGUGAAUCCGUACGAUUACAAUUCUACUCUGUGGUGUCUGAUCAGUUACUAUCGUCCGAUCAGCUCGGCGAUUUAGUCCUGCAAGACGAACCACCAGCUCCAAUAGAGUUCGAAUAUGAGAAUGAAAAACGGGAAAUCCUCGGUAAAGGUGCUUUCGGUACUGUUUAUGUUGGUCGUGAUUUGGCGACGCAGAGGAAAAUUGCCAUCAAGGAGCUUAGUUUCACCGAGCCAGCACAACACCAACAGAUGUUGGAGGAGAUUCGACUUCACUCUAGGCUAAACCAUGAAAAUAUUGUACACUAUUUGGGUGCUGUGGUUGAUGGUGGCGUGUUCAAGGUCCUCAUGGAAUUGGUGCCCGGAGGUUCUCUAACAUCCCUGUUGAAGAAACACGAAGCAUUGCAAGAGAAAACUGUUUCAAAUUACUCAAUGCAGAUUUUGAAGGGAUUGAAUUAUCUGCAUCGUAAUCGCAUUAUUCACCGCGAUAUCAAGGCAGACAAUAUUCUCAUCAAUCAGUACACCGGUGUAUUGAAGCUCAGCGAUUUCGGAGUAUCCAAGCGGCUCACUGGCAUGGGAGCUAGGGCUGUGUCAUUCAAAGGUACAUGCCAAUACAUGGCUCCCGAAUUGAUCAAAAACCAGCGGGGUUACGACUUUCCCAUCGAUAUUUGGAGCUUCGGCUGUACCGUCGUCCAAAUGCUCACUGGUUUUCCCCCAUUCAAGGAGUAUGAAAAUCCAAUGGCGGCCGUUUUUCGGGUCGGUCGGGACGCCGAGCAUCCCGCAAUCCCAGAUUCCGUUUCACCAAUUUGUCGGGCUUUCGUACUUCGCACCUUCGUGCCAACUCCGUCUGAACGGGCCACCGCUGCUGAACUACUGGAUGAUCCAUUCAUAGAGCUUUACAAUCCGAAACGAAAACACGGGCGUCCCGCAGCCUCAUAUGGCCACACACCGUCACAACGCCCUCCGCUAAACCACGAUUUUGGCGGGUCCUUCCAACGGUUCCUGUCCUCCAACUUUUCGGUAAAUGUCAACGCGUCUUCUGUGACCGGGAGACCACCUACUCCAGCGAGGUUGGAUGCCAAAUUCAACGCAGAUUCUGAGCACCCACUUUCCGGAUUCAUCUCUCCCCUGCCGAUUGAGGUUCAGAAAAGUGCAGACUCGAUGGAAACUCGCAGGUCUCCUGUUCCCUUUCAGAUGGACGGGAACGGAGAUGGUGUGUUACUUCCAGCUGGUUGCAAACGUGACCGUUUUGCAGUUGACAGGGGAAGUUUGCCCCGACUUAAGCUUCGCAGUCGCCCACCUCUAGAUGGCGCGAACUUGAAGCUUUCCAGCGAAUCUUUGGUUCACAGUAGCUCAAGCGAUCUCACAACUUCAAUCAGUACUACUCCAGAAACGUUCAAAUAUGUGAAAAAGGACAAGGAGUCUAAGAGUUCAUUGCGUGACGCACUGGAUACACAACGGCAAGUCAUACUGACUGCAUGGCACACGAUAAUUGUGAAGAGUGGCACCCGACUACCACCACACGGAGGCGGCUCAUCAAACUCAGUCCGGUCUGGUAACAUGGAAGGCGAAUUUCCUCAGGACCCAAGUCAUCACUCCUCACGCAACCACUCACAGGAUUCGCUAGAGUUGGAAGUGUUGGAAUGUCUGUUCGACAUGCUGCUGGACAAUCUUCAAGGAGGUUCGGCAUGGAACGACAUCGCGAAACAUCUGACCAGGACUUCCUCAGUUACGGAACGUUCCACUGCUGCACGGUCUCCUGAGCACCAACAGGACGCGCUUGGCGAACGUUUCGAGAACAUCAUUCGGAAGCUGACCGAACAUGAUUAUAGAGAAGAAGUUUCCUUGUUUACCUCCUCGUGGCUGUUUACUUUUUUAAACUCUGCUUUGGACAAAAUGUGGAAGUCGUUCGAGCGGCCCCUGUGUGGACAGUUGCAGAGUCCACACGAGCUGUUGGCUUGGCACAAGUUUAUCCGGGACGCUGCAGUCUUUGCUCUGGAACAACUUAAUUCGAUCAACGUAUACGAGGCGAUUGACACACGCAGGACACGCGAUGCACCGUUAUCGAGCACUCGCGCGGUCCUUCGACGCAACCGCACAUUUGCUGCGCAUGGGGGCUCAGGUGCGUCCCGACAUUCCCAAGCACGUGCCUCGCGGUCAGGGUCACAGUAUGCGCCCACUUUUCCCACUCGAGCCGUUCGUCCGGCAACGAUGACCUUGCAAUCGUUCGAUGAAGAAGAGGAUGAUGCACAAUCGUAUAGCUACCCUACUGAGUCCGCCGCAGACACAGAAACCUUACGCCGUCGACACAUUUCAUUUAAGACAUCGAGAAGUGAUGCUCGGUCUGCGGUCUAUGAUCCCGUUUUGCCCGUAGAUGAGCCUGUUGCAAUUCCAGUGGAACCCGUGGGUGCUAUUGUUUCUUCUACUACCGCAGCUCAAUUGGUGGAAGCAGUUGAGGUGGAGAACGAAGAGGAGGUUUACGCCUUGAGAGCGAAGUUGGCGAGGUUAGUUUCGGAACUCACCGAUCUUCUCAGAGCGGACAUACGACACAAGGAGGCCGAAAUCGAUAGGUUACGUGAAUGCAACCACAGCGUUGGAUUUCACGGCGUGGAGCUUUCCACUGGCCAUCCUAGCCUUCGAGACUGGUUUUCCAGCAUGAAUUUGUCGACCACUGAUGUUAACAUACUCCUGAAGACUGUGAAAGACGAGUCUGAUUUCCUCUCAAUGGUCACCAAAGACGAUCUAUAUCGCUUAAAUCUCAGCUUUCCAGCCGUUUUGCGCGUUUGGCGCGCUGUCGUUCGCAUCCGGGAGUCACACCGAAAAUUGUCCAUGCAAAAGCUGUGA